AUGGUAGCAGUAGCCGAAGAAAUCCCCUUUGGCACUUCCAGGGCCAGCAGGACUUUGUCACUCACGGCAGUGGUCCUGGAAGAUGAAGGUCAGCGCCGGGUGCUGGCCGUUCCCGUAGCCCUCCCCUGCGGUUGCGGCACAGGUCGAACAACCAAACAGAAAAGUUUAAUAAACAGCAGGCGGAGGGGCUGGAGGCAGCGGCCGGGCCCGAGCGAGCAGAAGUUCGGUGGCCUCACCUGUCCUCAUUCACUAGUGGCGACCGGCGGCAGCGGGCAGCGCAUCAGACGGAGAGAGCCGCCGCCAGCCCAAGCAACAGCAGGAAAAAGUGCGCAACAGAGGAACAUAGCUCAAGAAACUAAUCCCAGCCAAGUGCCUAUACUUUGUCCCACUGGCUGCGGAUUUUAUGGAAACCCUUGUACAAAUGGCAUGUGUUUAAUAUGUUAUAAAGAACAUCCUCAGAGACAGAAUAGUAGUAAUGGUAGAAUAAGCCCACCUGCACCUUCUGUCAAGUCUGAGUCUUUACCAGUUCAGGGCACAGAUGGCAGUGUCCCAGAAGCUCAGUUGUCAUUAGACUCUACAUCUUCAUCUAUGCAGCCAAGCCCUGUAUCAAAUCAGUCACUCUUAUCAGAAUCUGUAGCAUCUUCCCAAGUGGACAGCACAUCUGUGAACAAAGCAAUACCUGCAAAAGAAGACCUGCAAGCUUCAGGAUCAGAAACCGCACAGCAGCCAUCUGAAGAGCAAAGUAAGUCUCUUGAAAAAACAAAAAACAAACAAACAAAAAAGAAUCGCUGUUUCAUGUGCAGGAAGAAAGUGGGACUUACUGGGUUUGAAUGCCGGUGUGGAAAUGUUUACUGUGGUGUACACCGUUACUCAGAUGUACACAAUUGCUCUUACAAUUACAAAGCUGAUGCUGCUGAGAAAAUCAGAAAAGAAAAUCCAGUAGUUGUUGGUGAAAAGAUCCAGAAGAUUUGA